AUGUUGGAAUUAUUGAGAAGGUCUAUGUUAGAUGUUGUUCCAAAUGGAAGUGGUGCCGGAAACGAGGGCCAAGGUUCGGAUGGAGAUCGGGCCUCAAGUGAAACAAAGCCUAGUACCUACUAUGGGACAGAAACUGUUCAAACGGAUACAAUAACGCAAACCGAUGUCCACUCGGCCAACACGAGUCCUGCCGUUGCAUCUACAAUAACAACAAGCAAAACGCCAACAUCUACAGCUGCGACAACAAGUCCCACAGCUACCUCCAUCUCUACCUCGACCAAUACUGCAGUAGCUAGUAGUCACUCAGGUGGCGAGUCAACAACCACAAAACUAGCCAUCGCCCUUCCUAUAGCCAUCGUCGGCGCCCUAGCAAUCAUGGCUGCAAUAUACUUCUUCAUUCGUCGUCGUCGUCGCCGACAGCAGCAUGAUGCAGUUCCUUCAUCACCCACCUAUCACACAAAGGACGGCAAAGUCACCUCAACCACCCAAAUUCUGACUGCCCCGGUUCGUAAACCAGUCGCUGCAGGUCUACCCCGUUUCCCGAUCAUAGAUGUUCCAGGAAGUCGAGAAAGUGAAGUCAGCUCAGGUGGCUUGGCAGGACAAAUGUCGACACAGCAAGAAACUCCAACGGGGUCCAGCUUCGGGAUGGCAGUUUCGAGGGAUCAAAGACCGAAUACGACGUCAGAGGAUCUCCGCGGUAUUAGUCGAUCGGCGUCGCCAGUGAAUGCGGUGGAGUCCCAGAUAAGGUUGCCUUUUGAAAAUCGAGAGGCAGUGGAGGAUGAUGAGGUUUCGGUUGUUUCAAAUGAGCAAAUGGUACAUGGGCAUGAUUAUGAUGAUAUGUCUUCGGUGUCGUCCUUUGACGGGGAUAGCCCGAGGACAAAUGAUGCGCGUCAUCCGUUUCGAUGA